AUGGCAGGCUAUCUAAGAUUGUCCUAUACCGCUCAAGAUGCCGGAGAAAAGCACAAAUACACUGCUGACGUCAUCAUGUUCGGAGAGAACUCUGCAUGGGAGCCACCUUCGCCACGCCCUCACAACCAACUUUGGGUAAUUAGACUGCUAGAAAGUCCUGAGAAUACUCAUUCAUUGAAAGCUUACGACAAUCAGGUGAAUGUAACGAUCAGUUAUCGACGGGAUAGCGACUUACCAAUAGCUUAUGGUCAAUAUGAAGCUUUUCUCACUCCGCAAAAAUCGACCUCAGCAGUAGAUUUCACAGGAAAAACACGUAUGGUAUGUUGGAUCGUUUCAAACUGCUUCACAAACAAUCAUCGAAUGGAGUACGCACGGCGUCUUUCACAGUAUAUCCAGGUUGACAUUUUCGGUGCCUGUGGCAAGCGAAGCCUGAACAAAGUGGAGGCCCAUCGUACGAUACGGGAAAAUUACAAAUUCUACCUGGCCUUCGAAAACAGCAACUGCCAUCAAUACAUCACCGAAAAGUUUUGGAUAAAUGCUCUAAGGAACGAUGCCAUCCCGAUUGUCAUGGGUGCUCCCAAAGCCGACUACAUAAAAGUGGCACCACCUAAUUCAUUCAUUCAUGUCGAUGACUACACUCCAGAGCAGCUGUCUCGGUACCUCCUCUACUUGGAUAGGAAUCGCACUGCCUACAAUGAGUAUUUUGUCUGGAAGAAAUAUGGUCGAGUAGUACAUUCCGAUUUCUACUGCCGUUUGUGCGCUUUCGUUCAAUCACCACCUACUAAAACCUACUCAAGUCUCGACGAAUGGUGGCAAGAUAGUGAAGACUGCGAGAAAUAUUCGCGUUGA